AUGUCUAAGGCUUUAAAAGAUAUUUUAUUCACAAAAUAAAAUAUUGCAUUAAUUGGAUAACAAAUACAUUAGUCAUUACCUUAAUUUAAUUAAAAAGAAUUUUUAAAUAAAGUAUUUGAUGAUUAAUGGAGAGAAAAAGAAUUAAAAGAAAGGAUGACUCACGUAUCUAAAACUAUUCAAUAAGUAAUCAAUAAACCAUAUAUUGAGGCAAUAAAUAUUUUACUUGAUGUCAAUGAACGACUUUCUAAUAACUUUGUGAACAUGGUAUUUCCUGAGUUUGUUAUACUAUAUGGAAUAGAAUAUUUAGAUGAAUCAAUGUUUGCAUUAAAACAAUUUACUGUAAAUAGUUCUUCUGAAUUCGCAGUAAGACCUUUUAUCUAAAAGUAUGGAUAAGAUGCUAUGCAAUAUAUGUACAGAUGGUCUAAAGAUGAUAAUCAUCAUGUAAGAAGGCUAGCAAGUGAAGGUUGUAGACCUAUGUUACCAUGGAGCUUUAGAUUGAGUGAAUUUGUAAAAGACCCAACUCCAAUUCUACCAAUUCUUGAUUAGCUAAAAGAAGAUCCAGAGCUCUAUGUCUAAAAAAGUGUAGCCAACAAUUUAAAUGAUAUAAGUAAAAAUCAUCCUAACUUGGUGCUUCAUAUUUGUAGUGAUUGGAAACAGAUUAACAAUUAAGCUACAUAAUUUAUAGUAAAACGGGCUUGUAGAACUUUAUUAAAAAAAGGAAAUUAAUAAGCUCUAGAUUUAUUUGGGGUAGGCAAUCUAGAAUCAGUUAAAGUUACUAAUUUAGUUAUACAUGAUAAAAAUAUAAGAAUAGGGAGUUAAUUUUCAUUUAGUUUUGAUAUAGAAGAUACCUCUAGCAAUGCAAAUAUAAAAAAUGAAAAUUCCAAAGUAAAGAAUAAGAAAAUUAUAAUAUAAAGUUAAGAUAAUCUAAAAUAAACUAAAAAAAUGUAAAGCAAAUAAAUAAAAGAUAGUAAUUAAAAUGAGAGUGAGGAUUUAUCAGAAGAAAACAAUAAUUAAGAUGAUGAAGAAUAUGAUGGCUAAGAUGAUUCUUAAAGCGAAGUAGAAGAAGAUUAGUCAUCAGAAAAUAUUCUUCGUAUCGAAUAUUAAAUAGACUACUUAAAAAGUAAUGGUACACACUCAUCAAAGGUUUUUAUGUUUAAAAACUAAUUUAAGCUCCCCUAAAAAAGAAUAACUCUUGAGGGAUAUUAAAAAGUUCAUCAACUUACAACUAGAAAACACUAUCCUGGAAUACAUCAUUUAUCAAUUAUUGUUAAUGGAACUGAAAAAGCAAGAACUUAAUUUAAUUUAUUAAAAGAAAAGUGA